AUGCCGCUUCGACCAAAGAAUGUCGCCCUCAUUAGAUCUUUUGAAGGUCUCAACCGGGCACUUCCUAUAAAUGUUUUCAUGAUCCACAUUGCUCAACACGUUUGUUUUCUUAAGUUUCGAAUCACUACUGCCUACAUAGGCCAGUUGAAGCAGAAUGGAAGGACUCCAGCCGAGUUUCUGAGGGUGCCGGCCGAAGAUGAUGGAGGCCUCCGCCAUCGACAAGCAAAUAAGGGCUUCGUACUAGACAACUUUAUCGCUUCCAUUGAAUCCAAACGGGAGUUGAGCGUUCAUAACAACGAACCUGUUAUUUCCGAUGACGCUCUUGCACAGAUGGUUUACAAAGCCAUCGUGGUCGCCACGAGCCUAACCUAG